AUGACCUGGGUAAAGUUAGUGGAGCUGUUUGAAACAGUUGUUGAUCUUUGCGAACAGGUAUUGUUCACAUUCGACGGCUAUUUCAAGCAUACUGUUCGAGAGAACCAUUGUAGAGAUUGGAGUAUGCGAAAAACGUGUGAGAAUUCUCUGCAUCAAAUCCUUUUACUUAUGGAGCAGCUGUACUCCGAUGGACACUUCGCUGCUUCACCAGAUCUACUAUAUGAUCUUAUUGAGAAAUGUGCGGAUAGGCGACCAGACACAUCUGUUGUGAAAUUAAUCCAGUAUAGAGCGAUGGCGAUGUCGGAAUUGCAUGCUUUCUAUACCAAAUAUCGUGCACUUUACGAACACGAGCUGGUAACGCAAUUGAUGAUACCUGUAUUGCAGGAGACUGAAAAUGAGUCCAGCUCUCGAAUUCAGUAUCUAAUGCUCAACAUAUUGUUCGAUGUUGCAAAGACAGUGUCACUACGAGAUGACGCGAGGCUUUUCGAAUCUGUGAUGAGCAUAGUACGGCAGCUUUUUGUGGCUUCGAUUUUACGAACCACUGCCGAGACGGCCAUAGAAGACGAGGAUGACGCUGAGACCACUGCGGGUACAUCUCGUCUACCACCACGAGUGUCAACAUCACGGACUGGGUGUAAGUCUGUACAUGUUCACAUGAAAUGUUACCGCCGUGGCUGCUCCUAUAGGCAUACAUUUUGGUUGUAUUGCUAA